GUUUCCAGCGCACGAAGAUUUAUCGGAUUCAGCGGAUUUUUCGUGCCAACCACUCUUGAAAGGGUGUCCUUUUCUUGGGGAAAUGGGACAUCCGGCCAUGGAGGCACCCACCCGAAGAGGACCGCAACUGUUAGUGCGGCCCAAAGAGGUGCAAAAUGGGUGGAUAGCCAUGGCGGACAGCUAUCAGCCCCUGCUCAAUGCAGAGGUUGUUGUGGCGAAUGCGGAGGCAAUAGAGUUCACAUGGAACACCAAGCAAUGCAAGGGCAACGAGCUACACUUCGCUGCGCUGCAGGGUGAUCUACAAGAGGUCAUCAAGAUUUUGAGCAAACGUGAUGAUGAGAAGGCAACGAAAACGUUGCAGAAAGCGCCGAAAGCAGCUGAGAUUUGCAACUCUCGCUUCACUUUCCCAAUGUUAGCCUCUGAAAAAGAUGGCAUGGGUGGUGAAGGAAAGCUGAGUCAGCUUCAACUGGUGGAAGGGACCGGUCAGGCCAUUCAUUUGGCUGCAUCGCGUGGGCACCUGGAGGUUGUGAAGGAGUUGCUGGCGAGCAAGGCUUCUUUGACAGACUCGGUCACCCGAGACGGUCACGAGCACUACGAUGUCCUGUUCGCGGCCCUCUUUGGAGCCCACGAGGAUAUGAUCCAGUUCAUCCUUUCCCAAGUCCCUGCUGAUCCUCAACUGGACAAGAACUUGAAGUUCGGUGCUCGUCAUCCCUUACAUGUCGCCUUUCAAGUGGGCAGUCCUUCCAUCGUGCUCCGUGUACGGCGCUGGAUGCUGCAGAGCAACGUCACGGAGACGGACCUGGCUUUGUCCUCCAAGUGCAAGGGAGCGCCCCUGAAGUAUGGCAUUGAUGGGCGGAGGAUGAAGCUGCAGGAUCUCAUUUUGUGCGCGGACACCACUGCCUUGUCCUUGCGGGUCUUCAUGUCCGAUUGCCCCCGAGCAGUUCCGCUCUUCCUCAAGCGACUGCAGAAGCUCUCCAGAGUGAACCGUGUACUGGAAGAGGCCAACAUCACCAGCCGUGAUGUUGGAAGGUUGCUGGAGCAAUGCUCCCCAGCGGCCUUGAGCAUCUUGGAGGCCUGCACCGUGGUUCCUGCUUAUCCCCACGAAUAUCCCUUGCCCUCAGAGGUGAACUUUGCACCACAUGACUGGCCAGAGCUCAUUUGGAACUUAUUGAAUCGUGGGGACCGCACCAGGGAGGUCUUGACAUUCCUUGAAGUCGAAAAGGAAUGGACCUUUGAUGAGGCGAAGCAUAAAAGCCCAUCGUGGCAUGACAAGCUGGUUUGUGCAGUGCAGGAGCAAGGCUGGUUAAGACUAUUCCUUCCUCCAUCAGGUGGCAUCGCAGAUGCAGAGAUCUGUGUUUGCCUGAUCCCUGACCUCCUGACACCAGAUGUCUUCGCAGCCCUGGCGUCGGCGGAGACGGACUUGAAUGUCUUUGCCAAUCGGACGGUGGCGUAUAUGAUCGCGCAUGUCUUUGAGAACUAUGCAGGCAAGAUCUCAAUGAUUCGUUCCAUGAUGAGCUCAUGGGCGUUGAUUUUGCUUGCUUGCCACAGUUGGUCCACGCGGCAUUUAGACUCAGACGAGGAGUUGCCGGAAGUGGCCUUGGUCGCUGUGAGGUUUCUCUCCGCUCAGGGGAUUGUGGACCUGACCUGGGAAUCUAUGGAGUUCUUUGGCUGGUGGUGCCGGGGCGAGCCAGGCAGGUACUUUCAAGCGGAGAACGCUUCGGAUUGGCUCAGUGCCUUGGUGCUGACGUACUUUUGGAUCAACCCCAGAUGCCGCCUUGUCUUGGUGCUGACCAUUCUCAUCUCCUGGCUGCGCUUGACGCGUGUCGCCGGCUGCUGUGCGCCCAUUGGCCGCGAGUUGGUACCCUUCACCAGGCUCUUCUGGGGCCUUGGUCCAGUGCUCUACAUCGCAUACAUCGCCUUUGGCGCCUACAGCCAUGCCUUCUUCUCCCUCCAAGGUGGCGACAUAGACCUGUCGCUCUACAGUAGCUUUGUCAUGCUGAUCACUGCAGGGAUGCCGGGACAACCCAAAGAGGAUCCCUUAGAAUGCAUCCUUUUGGUCCUCGCGGUGGCGGUCUUCACGGUGAUUGUCUUGAAUAUCUUUAUCGGAGUGAUCGGUGAACAGUAUUCACGACUGAAGGAGGAGAGUGUCUUGAGCUUUCGACAGCAACGUGCUCAAAUCUGCUUGGGAUACAUGAUCCGAAAGCCCUUUAUUCGUUUUGACUGCUGCUCUCAUCUGGUGAGCAGAGUGGUGAUCUUGACUUCGGUCAUUCUUGGUGUGGCUCUCCAAGUCCACUCAGCUUGGUAUGGCUCAUACUUCCCCGAGUUGGAAGGUGUGGUCUAUACCUUGUUGUUGGUCUUGAUGCUCACGACAGCCUUUCAAUCGCCACUGGCACUGCCCAAGUGCUCGAGCUCCCCAUCCUACGAGCCAGGGAAGUUCUUUUGGUUUUGCUGCCAGGCGGAGGACCAGAUGGCAGACACAGAGCUUCAAGAGUUGACCAUCGACUUCGAAUGAUGGCGGAAUCGCCCGCUCCUUCACUGGGCGACCUGUUGGGGAGUGUGCAGCGGGAGUGCGUUAAACGCACUCCCGGAACACCAGAAGAUGCAGCAAAAGUACUUGAGAACGCCAUUGACUUGGAAAUCCAAAGCUGGUCUCCAAAAAGGUCACGAUGAGAGUGAUGGAGUCGAGGAUCCGUGUCAAGAUUCAUGUCUCCAAUCCAUGUCAAAUCCGCACAUCCGGAGGACUUUCUGAGUGGCAGGACCUCCGAACCCACAACGACUUAUACGGAGGGAUUACGCUCGAAUCCCGAGGAUGAAGGCCAAGCCGCGCCUGGGACUC